CUGGUUCUUUGAACAGCUAUGUAUCCAUGAGGUGGGAGCUUGUCCACAGAAAGCUUUCUUUAAGGCUACUCAUUAGCUUAGGAAAAUAUGUAGGCCUAUGUGGUGACAUACAUGAUGCACACAAGCUUUUCUUGCUAAGUAUAUCAGUUCUUUUCAGAAAAACUCCAUCAUGUUCUAAGUACUCUUCUCCUUCCCUUACUUUGUUGAUUGAUUCGAUUGGAACGGAUUUCCCUGGAGAUGUGUUAGCUGUUGAGCGUGCUGCUCUGAUUUACUAUAUAUGCUGGUUCACUUUGAAAAUCUAUCCAUAUCCAGAUACCAGAAAAGUUUGUUAUGAGAAUUCGUGCAUUGGGACAUCAAAAAUUGUUUCUCUACUGAAGUUGGCCUUUCUACUUUGUCGUGAAGCUCCUUUACUUUUUCAAAAGGUUAGAUUUUGCUCUUCAUUUUUUUUUUCAUUUAUGGUUAUUGUAAUCACCAUGUAA